AAUAUCUGCCAGCGAACUCCCCCAGUACUUUUCUCGUUCUUCUGCCCUCAGGCUUCAAUGGAGCAUCUGCGUAAUUCAGUCUAGGAGAUAACAUCAUGCAGCUGAGCCGCUCUUCAGUGCAGGUUGCGGAUUCCACUUUGGAAGCACAUUCUGAAGGUAUCUAAAGCAGCAUUGCGUUUCGUGGUUGCCACAUUAGUUCGCUUGCUCGCCCAUUGGAAAAAGUUUAUGACGGUUUAGCUGUAAGUUUUUGCUUGGCUCCAGCGAUCACAGAAGUGAGUUCCUCAUACCGGGAGUUUGCCUAGCAGCCAAACCACGCAGAUGCCUCCACAUGACUCUUCUGAGGUGAUGUCUACCCCUGAUUUUGCUGCACCUGCUGACGUCCUCAAAGGGGAGGAGCGCAAGGAAGCCGAUGCUCUUGAUGACCUGACCCACGUUAUUGAAGAGGCCAACCUGAGCAGUCCUGUUGCAAGGGAAACUGCACAUGAGGGCCCCUCCCAAGACCCCGAGUCCAAACCAGCUGCAGACUCGGACACUGCAGACGAGGCCCAGCAGUAUGCAAGCCACGUCCGGAAUGCGAGCGAGGAUUACUCAGAGAGCCUCAGGGAUGCCGUUCUGAGGGAGCCUGGAAAAUCCAGCAUCAUUGAGGAUGAGUCGACAAUUGUUAGUAAGGCGGGCGAGGGCUCCCCCCCUCCUAGUUAUGAAGAGGCAACAAAAGAGAGCUUGUUGACUUUGAGCGGGAAUGAUGCUAUGGGCCGACCGAUUGUCUUGAUUGACGCCAGCCAAGCUCCGCCCCCAAACGAGAGGUCCGCCGCCCUGAAAAAGCUGAUUGAGAAACUCGAACCGAUCGUAACGGGCGGCCCCUAUGUCCUCGUCUUCGCCCUCUCACCCAAGUACACGGCAGCCAACCACAAACAACAGAUACCGACCCUAUGGCUCCUGAAAGCGUACCGAAAGCUCCCUCGUCCGUACAAGAAGAACGUUCAGAAGAUCGUCUUCAUCCAUCCGUCACUUGUCCUUAAGGCUGCCUUCAAGUUUCUGACGCCGCUCCUGAGUCCCAAAGUCCACCGAAAGAUCGUCAAAGUCAACCGAUUGAGUGACCUGCCGGUGUUGACGAACAGCGAGAUCUUCCUCGACCAACUCAAGUUGGCUGAGCAUGUGUUUGAGUACGACAGACGACAGUCAAGCCUGUCGAAAACCCAAUCUCUCACGAUCACGGGCCCGGAGGUUGCGCUGAGCACGGUUAACGAGCGCGAUGACACAGAGGCGGAGCAUCAAGACCCACCCGUUGUUGUAGUCAAGUAGAGAAUCUGCUGAUCGGAAAUUUUAGAAUUUGUGUGAAACGUCUGGUAUAGCAGUGCUUAUGAGGAGCGGGAGUGCCAGAAGAAGUAGAAUUAAGUUCAGGGGCGAUCGAUUAUCGAAGGAGAUAAGCAUGGCAGUUUUUCGUAGAGAUAUCAUCUUAGCAUCCAGGAUAAAGCAGGACUCGAAUGAAUAGUAGUAUAGUGUUCAGGUCUGACAUUACCAAGCUCUGGAGAUUGUCAGGAGUCAAUUCGGCUCCAGUCGGGCAUAUACCAUAUUCAGUCACAUUAGUACCUGCUGACUGCGCCUGGUAAAAGGAGGGUCCGAAGGUUUUUCCGGAUCCAACGCGUGCUUUUGAACGAGUUCGAUCCAGUGUUACAC